ACUCUAUCGCUAUAGCACCUACAAAUUACAUGACAAUUAUCAUAUGACAUGUCGUAAUUUCUUUGCAUGUCAGACAUAUCAGACACAUUUGUUGUUCGUUUAUUCUCUAGCUGAAAAUAUGUAUUUAACAUUUGGUUGGAUGGAGAGAGAGCAGAAAGGAACUAAAAGCAACGAAAGUACAGAUCUCAGUCAAUCAGCUGAUUACAGCUGAUGAUGUACAUUGAUACGAAUCUUUUUACUUCAAGAUAUGUACCGCUUAAUACCUCGUAUGUCAAAAUACAUUCUGUCAAACGUUGAUUUUAUUCGUUCGAUAGCGAAUACUCGACAUAAUAUUCAUAUUCAUAAAAAUAUCUUCACAAAAUCUUGGCGACUUAAUAUGACGAAAAGACACUAUUUUUACAAUGAUCAUAAGUCGCAGGGAGAAAAAUUCAAGAUAUUUCUCGCUGUAUCCCUGCCAACGUUGAUAUUCAAUUUUCUUGUCGGUAUCGAGGAUUCUGAUGAAGAAGUUCCAGAAGUUAUUAUGAUGAUCAAGCGAUCUGUAUUGCUGAUACAGAAGGGAGAAUUCACUAAAGCAGAACAAAUGCUACACUUAGCGUUACGCCAGGCACAAACUAUACAACAUAAUGAUGCUAUUACAUAUAUCUACGAUGUAAUGGCUAAUCUUGCCUUUGAUACUGGAGACUAUCACAAAGCAGAAAACUUAUUUAUAUCAGUUUUGCAAAGGCUAAUGUCGAACGGAGCUUCAGAAGAUGAUAUGAGAGUCAUUCACAUAAGUUUAAAAAUGGCUAAAGUAUUUGAACAUUUAAAAGAUAUAAAGAAAGCAGAGCAGGGCUAUAAAUUUUGUAUAGAGAACUUAAAAUCGCAAAUUGAAAAAGAUCCUAAAAAUGAAGAUGCUGUAUUACUACAGGGUAUGACCUUUGAUUGGUAUGCACGAAUGUUGUUAUCACAAUCUCGACAUACCGAAGCUUUUAACUACUUUCUUCAGGCUUAUAAUGUAUGUAAAAAUAUAAAUGGCGAAGAACAUGAACAGACUAUAGUUUUGCUUAACGAUUUGGGAACUGUUAGUUACAUACAAGGAGAAUAUGAUGAAGCAGUCAGAUACUUGUCUGCUGCAACAAAAUUAGGAAGAAAUUCACCUGACAUGGCUGAUUUGGGUUUGAUUUAUGUAAAUUUAGGAAAUGUAUUUCUGAAAAAGGGUUUAUAUGCUGAAGCCAAAACAUCUUGUCAACAAGGAAGGACGAUAGCUAAGAAUAGGAAUGAUAAUGAUUCCUUGCUAAAAGCCAAUGAAUGCCUCAAGAAAGUGAAACAAUUACUUUCAUCAUAAUUCUUAGAUUAUCUAGAUACAUAGUACAGUUUUGUUAAAACUAUAGAUAUUUGUAUAUAUAUAUAUAUAUAUAUAUAUAUAUAUAUAUAUAUAUAUAUAUGUGUGUGUGUGUGUGUGUGAAAUCUGUAUAUAUAUUUUUAAAAAAUAUUUAAAACCUUAUUAAAGUGUUUCAAUGAUUAUUACAUAAUUAAGUUAUUGAAACUUUAAUUGAAUAUGUAUAUAAAAAAACUCAAUUUCUCAUAAAAUGUGCUAUUAAUUAUGUAGUAUUCAUUGAAUAAUCAUCAUUGAUACAAGAAAUGGAUAUAUUUUAUUUCUGGAAUAUUACUUAUGCCGAAUUUAUAUUAUAUUAUAUUCUGUGUUACACAUAAACAACAUUUUAAUCCAGAUUAGUUAUUUCGUUUUAUAAUAUAUAUACAUUUUCAUACAUUAUAAUCUUUCAUUCCUGAUUUUAUUUCUAUUAUCCAAUAAUAAAGAAAGUUGCAAUAUAAAAUAUUAAAUAAUGUGUAUACAUGCCAACUUCCAUACUCUUGCCACUACACUCGUAUCCUAUGCGGCUGCAGAGAAUCGCUCAAUACAUUAUAUUUCAAAUAUGAAUUGUUACAUAUAUAUAAUAUAUUAUUCACACGAUAAGAUAUAUCAGCCUUACUCUUUUUUUAUAAUUGU